AUAGUCUAGGAAGAAGAAGCCAAAAGGGAGAUUGUUGCCUUUUUCUUAGUUCUACUAAAUGGAGAAAGUAAUGGUAAUGGUGGCUGUGGUGGCGACGGCGGUGGCGGCCGGCGUCGGGUGGCGUUCGGAAGCGGCGGUUUACAAGGUGGGCGAUGCGGCGGGGUGGACCAUUCUGGGGAGUCCAAACUACACUGCGUGGGCUGUAACCAAGAACAUCCAUUUAGGAGACACCAUUGUGUUCGUGUACAACAAGAACUUCCACAACGUGCUGGAGGUGAGCAAGGAGAACUACAAAGCGUGCAACGCGGCCUCGCCCAUCGCCACUUACACCACCGGCAACGACUCCGUCACACUCAACCGCCGCGGCCACCACUUCUUCCUAUGCGGCGUCCCGGGCCACUGCGCCGCCGGCCAGAAGGUUGACAUCAGGAUCGCCAAGCCGCACGCAGUUUCUGCCGCCGCCCCCGCUGCGUCGACGAAGGCGUCCCCUGUCCCAGCCAGUGCUGGUGCUGGAGGCGGAGCAGUCGUCGGUUCCGGUUCGGCUCCCGCGCCCGACCCUCGACACAGCGCGGCGGACCCGAAGGGAUGUGCUCUUGCACCGGAGAUGCUAUUUCGCCUCUCUGCUAUGUCCGCGGCGCUGAUUCUAAUGCAGUCAUGAAACAGAGGCGCGUUAGUUAUUGCACCGUUGCUGCAGGUGUUGUUUUAAAGCGUGGUAUUGUUUGAGAAGAAUAAAUCUUGCUUGUCCAAAUGAUUUGAGAAUUAUUGAAAACUAUCUAUUGUUGCAA